AUAUUCUAUGUUUUAAAUUGGUUGAAGCACAUUCAGUAUUUGAUAUUCAGAACAUACGAAAAUGUUAAAAGACUUUUUUAACCAGUAAUGAUCCAAACCUGUGUUUUUUUUUUCCCCCGCAAUUGUUCCUCAUCUUGUCAAAGAAUAUAUGGUACAAUCAGCCCCUUUGACCAUUAUGCAAAUAAUAAUAUAGGUCUCAAAGUUUAGGUGCUCUGCUUUUGAAUUCCAUUUUAAUUCUUGAAAGCCUACUAAAAUGUUUUUUUAAAUAAAAUAAAAAAAUAAAGUUUUAAAAUGUUCUUACUCUGACAUAAGCAUUUUAUAUUGCAUGUGCUCACAAGCAUUUUAUAUUGCAUGUGCUUGUAACUUCCAGACCAAAAAUAAUAAAGUUUUAAAGGAAAAGAAACAUGUAUUGUAGCAUAUCCUAGGCUAAGUUCUGCUUAAAGGAAUAGUUCUACGGUCUACUUUAAGGCCCUUAUCAUUUGUAUCCAUAGCCUUUAGACAUAUAGUACGCCCUUCGGAUUGGGACCAACUCCAUAUGGCAUUUCAAGACUGCUAUUAAAUUCAGAGUGACCAUUUAGAGUAUAAAUAACGAUGCUUUUAAUGCACUGACAGACCAUGAGAUUCCUCAGAAAGUUCCAUUUGGUCCAAAAUAAGGUAGCAAAGUUAUUUGCCUCAUAUCAUCUACAUAAAACCAUACACCAUGCCCACCUUAAGCCACCCAAAGCAAACCAAAUGCUUAAGAGUUAUAUUAAAUCCAAUUGCACUGGCAAAGCCAUAUUGCUUUUUAGAGAGUUGGUGAGAAACAGUCUUUCUACAAUAGAUAGCUAUUCUCUCUUGUUUGUCCUCAAAGCUUGCACCCAGAAAUCUUCUUUACUUGUAGGAAAACAAUUGCAUGCUUUUUUGAUAAAAUUUGGGUUUGAAUCUGUUAUUCACCUCCAAACAUCUCUUAUAAAUAUGUACUCUGCAGUUUGUAAUCUUGUUGAUGCACACCUAAUGUUUGAUCAAAUACCAAAUAGAAAUAUAGUCUGCUGGACUGCCUUGAUUUCUGCUUAUGUUGAUAACCAGAAGCCUAAUAAAGCUCUUCAGCUAUUUAGACGGAUGCAAAUGGACAAUCUUAAACCCGAUCAAGUUACAGUCACUGUUGCUCUCUCUGCCUGUGCUGAUCUUGGAGCACGGGAAAUGGGAGGAAGGAUUCACAGUUAUGUUCGUCUUAGUGAUCAACUUAACACGGAUCUAUGCUUGAAGAAUGCUCUUAUUAACAUGUAUGCAAAGUGUGGGGACAUUGGAGCUGCUAGGGGAUUGUUUGAUACAGUGCAGGAAAAGGAUAUUACAAGUUGGACAUCGAUGAUUGUGGGUCAUGCAUUGCAUGGACAAGCAGAAGAAGCUCUCAAGCUUUUUGCGGAAAUGAAAGAAACAAGAAAAAAACAAAAAAAGAGUUAUAAUGAUCAUGGAAGUUCUUUGAUAGUCCCCAAUGAUGUUACUUUUAUAGGAGUUUUAAUGGCUUGCAGCCAUGCAGGGUUGGUGGAAGAAGGGCAAAGGCAUUUUAGAAGCAUGACAGAGGAUUAUGGUAUAAAGCCUAGAGAUUCACACUUUGGCUGCAUGGUGGAUCUCUUCUGCAGAGCUGGACUCCUAGAAGAAGCUUAUGACUUCAUUCUCAAAAUGCCAGUUCGGGCAAAUGCCGUGGUGUGGCGGACACUGCUAGGAGCAUGUAGCCUGAAUGGAAACAUUGAACUUGGUGCACAAGUGAGAAGCAGAUUGCUUGAGCUGGAACCUGGCCAUGUUGGAGAUAGUGUUGCUUUGUCCAACUUGUAUGCCUCAAAAGGGAUGUGGGACAGGAAGAAAAUUGUAAGAGAUCAGAUAAAGCAAAGAAGGUCUCCUGGUUGCAGUUCAAUUGAAGUUGGAAAUUCCAUUACUGAAUUUGUUACUUCAGAUGAUGAUCAUACUUUGAGGACUGAAAUAUAUGAGAUUCUCAAGCACUUGAUUAUCAGCAUGAAAGCUUAUGGAUAUUCUCCACAGAUUUCAAGCCUAAAUGAGGGUUAAGACAAAAAUGUUGUACUUUGAAUUGUAAUUUUUAUUAUUAUUAUAAUCUAUAAGAUUGUUCAAGCAUCUAUUCUUAAGCUUAGAGCAUCUCCAAUUGUAUAAAUGCCCAAAAUUUUCCUUUUUGGUGAAUAAAUGCCUAACAUUUUCA